AACAGUAAGGGUCGACUAGCGGCUGCUCUCAGAUCCUUUCUACUCUUGUUGGUAGAGUUCUGUGAUCCUACUUGGCUGCGUGAUGAACAACUGAUAUCAAUCCAACAUUGCUUUAUUAAAGUGCUAACUAAUAAGCAACACAGGAUAACAUGUGACCAGGUAACACUGUGACUGUAUGGUCUCUGGAUGGAAGGAUCUUUGAUCCUGCUUGCUGUCUCAUUUCAAGGCCAUUGUGAACUCUUCUUUUUACGAGCCUGACCCUAUAACUUUUGUAACACACGAAGGACAUCUUCUGCCACGAGUUCGAUAUAACCUUUAGCCCAAGUAAUGGUGCUGGAGGCCGAUAUCAGCAUGUCGACCAAUAGUCGCUUCCCUGUACCCAUCAUGGCUCAUCCUCCCGCUGCGACGAGUGACAUCACCCUGGAGGAGUGGCUGCACGAGGCAAUUCCUCACAACAAGGGCCUAAAGCUGGACUUCAAAACCACUGAGGUAGUUGAACCGGCUUGCAGAGUUCUGGCACGUGUUGCUGAACAGAUUCGGGGACCUUUGAUACUAAACGCCGACAUUCUACCAGGCCCUAACAACCCCAUUACUCCGCCGGUGGACGCUUGGACUUUUUUAACUUUAUGCAGAACCCGUUUUCCUCGCUCUGUCAUAUCUAUCGGGUGGACAACGUGUAGCGAGGUCGUCGAGGUCAUGCCUGGAGGGUGCAUCAAACUAGGGCUCACCAGAGAACAGAUUGACAAGAUGAUCAGUUUAGUGAAAGAAUACAGUUUGAUGCAACCAGUGAUGUUCCCCGUGUGGGUCGCACAUUUGAAGUACUCGGUGCCAGAAGUCCAGAGGCUCCUGUUCCAAGUCCCUAGCAGUUCUCUGAUGGCUUGGUGUCACAAGGGAGAUCCCGUAACUCUGGAAGACCUCUUGAUGAUACGAAAAGCUUUUCAUGUAAGUCAGGUCUUUUACGACCUGCCAGACGACUUUCUUCAGCACUUCUACUCCAUUACCUGAAAUGAUGUCUAUCUUUCGUUUCUAUGACCGUCGAAUAUUUGUUUCCAUGACAACUGGUGGCAGAACCUUGUUAUUGCGAUCUCUUCUUAUAUG